GAUGCUAAAACAGGGGAAGGUGGAUAAACUGGAGGAUUUAAAACUCAUUAAAAAAAACAAAAACGAAGGAGACGGCACUGAGGCUCAGAAAAGAGACUCUUCCAUUCUCUGCCUUGUGCAUGUUAUAAAUACACUUUAGAAACAGGCACACAAUCAGUGAUAUUUGCUCUUACUAGAAGCAGUCGCUGGAUUUUUAGCUGCCAGCAGGGGGCGAACUACUAACCGCUGGUCUUGCUGUUCUGUGCGUUCCUUCUAUCCUGCUCGACUCAACGUGCUGGGAGGACGGGUUUGUGUUUGCACUUUGCAUUGCCGAACAAGAGGCCAUGCAAAAAGCGGGGUUUCUGGGCUGCACUAAGAUUGCCUAGAGCAAUAUCCUGCUUGCAUUCAAAGCCGGGUAGAACGUUCUUGCAAAUGCAUGUUUUAAUUCAUCUUGAUUCCGCAUUGAUUUUAGGAAAAUAAUAAUAAGCUAUGGGAUUGUUGCUACCCAGAAGGGCUCAAAGUUUCCUGCCUGGUGUAGUAAAUCUGAGAAGAGUUUUUGCUUCCUGCAUGAUCACAGGUAGGACGGGCCCGCGCUGCUCUGCCAGCCAGUCCUCAGCAGCCGACAGCCCCAUGGAAGAGGAGAAAUAUUGCCCGCUGUAUCCUGGCCACAUCCCAACCACCCCUCUGCAGAAAGCCCUGCUGGCUGCAGGCUCAGCAUGCAUGGCGUUGUACGAUCCCUACCGGCAUGAUAUGGUGGCUGUUCUCGGGGAGACAACCGGCUAUCUGGCUCUGCAGAAGCUCCGAGAGAGGAUGAGGAACGACCCGGAGGGAUACCGGAUCCUACAAGAGCGUCCUCGGAUACGCCUCUCCACGCUGGAUAUCUCUGGGCUCCGGGCACUUCCUGACGGGACCUUUGGUCGAGAAUAUGUCCGGUUUCUGGAUGAUAAUGUUUCUCCAGACACGAGGAUGCCCGCCAAGUUCGUAGAUGACGAGGAACUGGCCUAUGUGGUCCAGCGGUACCGAGAAGUCCACGAUUUGAUGCACACCCUCCUCGGCAUGCCCACCAACAUGCUUGGGGAGGUGGUGGUGAAAUGGUUUGAGGCCGUCCAGACUGGCCUGCCCAUGUGCAUUCUGGGAGCUGUGUUUGGCCCCGUCCGCCUUAACGCCCGGAAACUCCGCAUCCUGACCACUGAACUUAUCCCCUGGGCUGUUCGGAGCGGAAACAACGCCGGCUGCAUCCUGAACUUCUAUUAUGAGCACCGCUGGGAACAAACGGUGGAGUCCCUUCGCGAUGAAAUGGGGAUCUUCCCGCCGCCAACGAUGUGCGCGUAGAUCUGUGCUGAGGAUAAGCCCAGCCUCGCUGACCGAGUGGCCAGUAAGGAAAGAAUCAUGGAAUCCUUGGAUGUUGGACCUGCUCUGGGACUUUGUCCAGUGAAGAGAUUUGCUAGUCAAUCAGUGUUUGUUGGUUUUAUCCCUCCACCUCUCAAAAAACCCCUCUCAAUCUUUUUUGCAAUAAAUAGCCACGUUGGUAGCAAA